AUGGGUGCGUCUCCCAAUACCGCAGAGCUGCUGCUCCGCGUGUGCGCCGACAUCGCAGCCCAGCUCGUCGAUGCGCACGACCGCUCCGCCUCCGUCUCGCUCAACCACAUCCGCACCACAACCUGCAAGAGGUACGGCUUCAAUGGCGUGCCGCGUCUCACCGACAUCAUCGCCGCCAUCCCCGAGGCGUAUCGUAAGGCGCUCGUCCCCGCACUCAAGGCAAAGCCCGUCCGCAGCGCUUCCGGUAUCGCCGUCGUCGCUGUCAUGUGCAAACCGCACCGAUGCCCGCACAUCGCGCUCACCGGAAACAUCUGCGUCUACUGUCCCGGCGGCCCCGACUCGGACUUCGAGUACAGCACACAGUCGUAUACGGGAUACGAACCUACGUCGAUGCGAGCCAUUCGCGCCAGGUACGACCCGUACGAGCAGUCCAAGAAUCGCGUCCAGCAGCUGCGCGAGCUCGGUCACAGCGUCGACAAGGUCGAGUACAUCAUCAUGGGCGGCACAUUCAUGUCGCUCUCCGAAACGUACCGCAACCAGUUCAUCGCACAGCUGCACAACGCGCUCAGCGGCUUCAACGGCAACGACGUCGACGAGGCAGUCAAGUACUCGGAGCGCGCACUCACAAAGUGCAUCGGAAUCACCAUCGAGACGCGACCCGACUACUGUCUCCGUCCGCAUCUGUCGCAGAUGCUUCGAUACGGAUGCACGCGCCUAGAGAUUGGCGUGCAGUCCGUGUACGAGGAUGUUGCGCGAGACACCAACCGCGGCCACACGGUCAAGGCGGUGUGCGAGACCUUCCAGCUCGCCAAGGACGCCGGCUACAAGAUCGUAGCGCACAUGAUGCCCGAUCUGCCCAACGUCGGCGUGGAGCGCGACAUGGAGCAGUUCAAAGAGUAUUUCGAGAAUCCGGCAUUCCGAACCGACGGGCUCAAGCUCUACCCUACGCUCGUCAUCCGCGGCACGGGGCUAUACGAGCUGUGGCGAACGGGAAGGUACAAGAACUACACGCCGUCGUUCCUGGUCGACCUCAUCGCGCGCAUCUUGGCGUUGGUGCCGCCGUGGACGCGCGUGUACCGUGUGCAGCGCGACAUCCCCAUGCCGCUCGUUUCGUCGGGUGUGGAAAAUGGCAACCUGCGCGAACUGGCGCUGGAGCGCAUGCGCGAUUUCGGCGUAAGCUGUCGCGACGUCAGGUACCGCGAAGUGGGUCUGCACGAAAUCCACACCAAAGUGCGGCCGGAGGAGGUUGAGUUCAUUCGGCGCGACUACGCGGCCAAUGGAGGCUGGGAGAGCUUCCUCUCGUACGAGGAUCCCGAAAAGGACAUCCUGAUUGCGCUGCUGCGGCUGCGAAAGUGCUCCAAGGCAGGAACGUAUCGACCGGAGCUGACCAAGGAUGGACAGUGCUCGAUCGUGCGCGAGUUGCAUACGUACGGCAGUGCGGUGCCCAUCCACACGCGCGAUCCGACCAAGUUUCAACACCAGGGAUUCGGCACGCUGCUUAUGGAACAGGCCGAGCGCAUCGCCAGGGACGAACACGGCUCGUGCAAGCUGGCAGUCAUUUCGGGUGUUGGCACCAGAGACUACUACCGCAGGCUAGGUUACGAGCUCGAAGGUCCCUACAUGGUCAAGAUGCUCACCGACCAAGACGACACAGAUCACGCCGCAGAGCAAGAAGCUCAGGACUUCUUCUUCUGA